AAACAGGUCCAGGCUUGCCAGGGAGGGCUGGGCAGGGUGACGCCUGGCCGGUGGCGGAUGUGGGAGGGAGGCCCCGGGGAGGGCUGGUUUCGCAGCCGACUUCCCCUGCCUGCACUUCCGCACGCCCCGGAGGAGCCCGGACCUGCCGGGAGUCGGGGUCUCAGGGAGAGGGGGGGGACAGGCUGCAGAGGGACGGGGCAAACUCCUCUGUGCCAUUCCCAGGGAAGCUGGUGGGUGUCCCCCAUUCCUCCCUUCCAUCCCGGGGCCGCUCUGUCGGAAACCUCUCUCAGAUGGGGAGGCUGUAAGGAUGGAUCCAGCCUCUCCAUUCGCCGCGGAUCUCGUUAGGCUCCAGAGUGAACGUGCUGCCAGCCAAACUCUCCUUUCUCACCAAGGUGAUCCUGGGAAGAUCUUCCCUCUUGCUGAACCCAGGGGCUGAUGCCUCCUCCUUCCCUGCUCUGCUGCCCGAUUCCUGCAUCCAAGUUUGCCAGCAGGUGGUUGAUCUCCGGUGAUCCCUGCUUCCCCCGUCUGCAGGAUCCUUUCCCCGCCGCCAGGAAUGACGGGCUCUGCUGGCCGUUGGCUGCUGGCCCUGCUCGCUGCAGGAGAGGAUUCGCACUGGCGGUCGGUGGCUGAGCAGCGCGCUACCCGCUAUGGCCGGCUGGUUUAGGCGGCUCCUGCACAAGUCCAAGCCCAGCUCGGUGGAGAGCAGCCUCAGCACCAGCCGCUCUGCUUCAUCCUCACCUUCCUCGUCCUCUGUGGAGAGCUCUGGUUCCUCUCCCAGCACGAGCCUGGCCAGGUCUGUCUGUCCGUCACCCGUCUCGGUGUUGGACAUCAGCGCCUCGGGCAGCGCCCGGUGGACCAAGAGCUACGACGUCUGCAUCUGCCACAGCGAGGUGGACCUGGAACUGGUGGAGGAGCUGGUGUCCUACCUGGAGGGGCAACCAGAAAGCUUCCGUUGCUUCCUCCAGCUGCGGGACGCGACGCCGGGGAGCGCGGUGAUGACGGAACUAUGCGAUGCCGUGCAAAACAGCCACUGCUGGGUGAUGCUCAUCACCCCUGGCUUCCUCCAGGACCCGUGGUGCAAGUACCAGAUGCACCAGGCCUUGGCUGAAGCUCCGAUGGCCAAUGGGCGGACCAUCCCGGUGGUGAAGGAUGUCGAUCGGAAGGAUUAUCCCAGGGAGCUGCGCAACCUCUACUACAUCUACAUGGCGCUGAAGGAGAAGAGCUUCAAGCAGAUAAGAGAUACCGUCUUUCGCUAUCUCCAGGAGCUGUGCCGGAGCUCCACCAGUGGAAGUGAGUAGUGCCAGGAGCAGGCGGAGGUUCCCCUGCAGCAUUUUGCUGCUGCCACCACAGGAUCCGGAGACAACCAUGUCCCAGGGGGCCAAAACUGAGCUGCGUGGACCAGCCCUGGUAGCUGAAGACGGGGAGGCCCCUGCAUCUGUGGAGCCUGCCAUGUUCCAGUGAUGCCACCACCGUCCUGGUGGCCAAUUCCCCACCUUGGUGAUGCCACCACCCUCCUUGUGGCCAAACCCCACCUUGGUGACAUCACCGCCAUCCCGGUGGCCAACCCCCACUUUGGUGACGCCACCAUCCUGGUGGCCAAAGCCCCCCCACCUUGGGUAUGCCACCACCCUCCCAGUGGCCAAACACCUCCUUGGGGAUGUCACCACCAUCCCGGUGGCCAACCCCUGCUUUGGUGAUGCCACUAUCCCGGUGGCCACCCCCCCCCUUGGUGAUGCCACCAAACCUUCUCUUGGGGAUGCCACCACCAUCCUGGUGGCCAACCCCCCCCCUUGGGGAUACCACCACCCUCGAGGUGGCCAAACCCCCCCUUGGGGAUGUCACCACCAUCCCGGUGGCCACCCCCCCGCUUGGUGAUGCCACCAAAACUCCCCUUGGUGAUGCCACCACCCUUGUGGUGGCCAAAGCCCCCCUUUGGGGAUGCCACUGCCAUGGUGGUGGCCAAACCCCCCCUUGGAGAUGCCACCACCCUCCCAGUGGCCAAACCCCCCCUUGGUGAUGUCACCACCAUCCCGGUGGACAACCCCCACUUUGGUGAUGCCACCAUCCCGGUGGCCAACCACUCCCUUGGUGAUGGCCACCAAACCCCACCUUGGUGAUGCCACCACCAUCGUGGUGGCAAACCCCCCCCCUCAGUGAUGCUGCCACCAUCCCAGUGGCCAACCCCUCCCCUUGGAGAUGCCACUACCCUCCUGGUGGCCAAACCCCGCCUUGGAGAUGCCACUACCUUCUCGGUGGCCAAACCCCCCCUUGAUGCCACCAUUCUCCUGGUGGCCAACCCCCCCUCAGUGGGGGACAGAGGGACAUCCUCCAGCAGGUUCCCACUGCUCUUCACGCAAACACUAAGCCUCGCCCUCCUCGCGCGGGUUUGUUGGGACUAUGAAAAUGUAAAAGUGGUAAAUUUUGGGGGGUAAUAUAUUUUAUUUUUUUUAA